CAGAAUUUUACACACUGUGGUUGAAGGCUCUCUCUGGCAAAGCAGCUUGUGUCGUCCUUCAGUUGUGCAUUUUGCAUCUGAAACAAAGCAGACAUGACACUGUUCAGGAAAUUCCUCGACAAUGUUGUACAUGACAGGCACCCCGACGAGGGCACCAUCAUAGUGGUCGGCAAACCAAAGUCUAAGUAUUAUGGAACCGUCACUCCCUAUCCAAACUUCUGUGCCAGGAGUGAUGCUGCGGCUCUUGAGAAAGCCAUUGAAACCAAAGGGGUAGACGAGGAUGUGAUCAUCUCUAUUCUGGUGGACAGGAGCAAUGAGCAGAGGCAGAAGAUCAAAGCAGCUUAUGAAGAGUCCACUGGGAAGCCGCUGGCCGACGCCCUGAAGUCGGCGCUGAGGUCUCACCUGGAGGACGUCGCUCUGGCUCUGCUCAUGACUCCUGCUCAGUUUGACGCCCACGAGCUCAGGAAAGCCACAAAGCAGGGCUUUGGCACAAAGGAGGCUGUCCUGGUGGAGAUUCUUGCUUCAAGGUCAAACCAAGAGAUCCGUGACAUCAAACGGGUUUUUAAAGAAGAGUACGAGGAGGAGUUGGAGGAUGUUAUCAAGUCUGACACCAGCGGCGACUUCACUUCGGCCCUCCUGGCCAUGUUGAAGGCUGACAAAGACGAGGACAAUACAAUCGACCUGGAACGGGCCAAAAAGGAUGCAGUUGCUCUGUUUGAGGCAGGCGAGAACUCCAAAGGCACCGAUGUCUCCACCUUCAUCAACAUCCUCACGUCCCGGAGCGGCCCGCAGCUCACUAAAACAUUCCAGACAUACAACAGAGUCGGUGAUGUCAGCCUACCUAAAGCCCUGGAUGCCGAGCUGAAGGGAGACAUUGAAGACUGCCUCAUUGACAUUGUAAAAUGCGCCUGGAGCAAGCCUGCUUUCUUUGCUGAGAAGCUCCAUCUGGCUAUGAAGGGCCGUGGUACGUGUGAGGACACCCUGACCAGGGUGCUGGUCAGCCGCUCUGAGGUCGACUUGAAGAAGGUCAUGGACGAGUUCAAGGCCAUGUAUGGAAAAACCCUGCAGGAGGUCAUAUCGGACGACGUCAAGGGGCAUUUUGAGAAGAUCCUGCUCGCACUGUGUGGACCCCACUGAGGGCCGGAGUAAUCACUUCACAGCAGAAAUCAACUUAUUUCAAAAGAUAGAUUUUUGCUUUCCUCUCAGGAGCAGCCAAUAUGAGAUCCUGCUGAAAUGUUUUUUUUUUGUUUGUUUGUUUGUUUUUUUCCUGAAGGGUUUACAGACAUACUACCUGUGUUUUACUGAAGUGAUGUUUCAAUAAAACUGA